AUGGCAGCGGAGAAGGCUGAAGACGUAGCGAUUACAGAGGCAGCUCGGCGUGGCCGUUACAUCAACAAGAGGACGAAAGGCCGUCGCCGUCACCUUCAACGAGAAAGGUCUGAGUUUUGUAGUGGUUGUUGUUCAGCUCGGAUUCCUGGGAACUCCUGGAUGGCUCCAAUCACUUUGUUUAUUUCAUUUCUUCUCACUAAUCUUGCUGUUCUUCACUCUGCUGAAGAACAGAGAAUCAACAAAAGUUGUCCGCCUUACUUCUGUAAUGAUGUAAUAGGCAACAUCUCUUUCCCCUUCAGAUAUGAGGAACAAUCUCGUGAAUGCGGAUUGUAUCCUGUUGAUUGCUCUGAAGGCUUUCCGAGGAUCCAACUCAAAGAGGGAGGAUAUUGGCAUGAAUUUACAAGCAUCUCUGAGUCGAAUAAUAUUUCGAUGAUCAUCAACAAAGAGCUUAAGCAGCGCUUAGAAAGUAUUCCUUGCGAUGAUGAAAGCUUCGAGGAUUUAAGUCUUCCCAGCCCGACUCCAAUAUCUAAUGUAUCCACUACACACAACCUGACCCUGUUUAAAUGCAGCAACACAACUUUUUCAACGGAUUUCAAACUCGCCUGCAGCAGUACUUCCAAUCCUUACAAUUAUUAUACUUCUUCCAUGUACGUACCAAGUCCUCCGCCAGACUGUUCAGCUGUUUGGCUACCCCGUCUCCCGGGUUGGAAUAUUUCGAAUCAACCUCACCCUAUCCUCACUGCUAACUUCACCCUGCAAGUGACAGUAUCCGAACAAUGUUAUGAAUGCUAUUCUAGAGGAGGUUUAUGCCAGGCAUACGGCGGAGAAUUUACUUGUUCACCUACACCAAAAGCCGGUGGAGUAGUUGGUCUCCUGGUCCUAGUACUGGUUGUGGCACUUUGCUGCUUGAUGAGAAAGUUAUCAACUUCUAGAUCUAUUUUCUUUUGGAAGAAGAAAAACCAAAGUCGUAAAAAUCUGGAGGCCUUUCUAUCAAACUAUGGGCCACUUCAAGCUAACAGAUACAGCUAUUUGGAUGUUAAGAAGAUGACCAAUUCGUUCGAAGAAAAAUUAGGACAGGGGGGUUAUGGCGAUGUCUAUAAAGGAAAAUUAAAGGGCGGCUCUCUGGUAGCAGUAAAGGUCUUAAACAGAUCAAAGGGUAAUGGAGAGGACUUUAUCGCUGAAGUUGCAGCCAUCAGUAGAACUUCCCAUGUCAACAUUGUCAGCUUGUUGGGGUUUUGUUUUGAGGGUUCAAAAAGAGCACUCAUUUAUGAGUUCAUGCCUAAUGGAUCUCUGGAGAAGUUCAUAUUUGAUGCAAAUAACCCACAAAAGGAUCAUCACUUGGGAUGGGAAGCACUGGAACAAAUUUCAUUUGGCAUUGCUCGAGGCCUAGAGUACUUGCACCGUGGCUGCAACACAAGAAUUUUGCAUUUUGACAUCAAGCCUCAUAACAUUCUUCUUGAUGAGAACUUCUCGCCAAAGAUCUCUGAUUUUGGCCUUGCCAAAAUAUGUGACAGGAAAGAGAGUAUUGUAUCAAUGUUGUAUGCAAGAGGUACGGCUGGAUACAUCGCUCCAGAGGUGUUCUGUAGAAGUUUUGGAGGGGUCUCACACAAAUCGGAUGUGUACAGCUACGGAAUGAUGCUUUCAGAGAUGGCUGGGGGAAGAAGGAACAUCAAUGUUGAAGCUGAAAAGACUAGUGAGAUAUACUUUCCACACUGGAUUUACAAGCGCCUUGACCUGGACGAGGAGCUUGGCCUGCAUGGUAUCAAAAGUGAGGAAGACAAAGCCAGAGCAAGAAAGUUGAUAAUAGUAAGCUUGUGGUGCAUACAGACUGAUCCCUCAAACCGACCAGCGAUGAAAGAAGUGAUAGAAAUGCUGGAAGGGAGUGUGGAGUCCUUGAAGAUACCACCCAAGCCCUACUUGUCUUCUCCUGCAAAAUCUCCUGCAGUGGCAGAUUCUUCUAGUACAUUGGUAUCAAUACAUUAAGAACUCUGCACUUUACUAGUAACAUUCGAUGUAUUUUAUUCGUCAUGUCUCAUUUCUGGAUCCACUGUGGACUGUACGAAUUACAAUGGAUGAAA